AUGGAUGGAAUAACGAUAUAUUUCAUAGAAGAUGUUCAGCGACACUUGUCCGUGGGAAUAGACCUGUUUUUCUUCACAACACAAACCUCCAGACUACGUGGUAUCAAACUGUUAGACAAAGGAACACACUUUCUGCAUUGCUCAGAUUACACCAAUAAUUGCCGAUUUGGGUUGUUCAUUGUUUGUGAACCUGGUGAUCUAUUUGUGGUGAAUAUCAAAGAGGAUGCGUUCGAGGUUGUUCUGGUGGCCGACUCGCACGGAAAGGUGGUUGAUGGGGUGGAGUUUUUCGAAAGCGAUAUGAAUUUGGACGACUCAGUCGACAAUAUCAACUUAUCUAAGUACCGUGGUGAAGUGCUUGCAAAUUUGGCAUAUUUACUCAAUUACUCGCAGUUUGAUAACUCCCAAUGGCGGGGCAUUGUUGGUGAUGUGACCUGGGAUCAGGUGCGACAGAUUAUUCCCAAAGGAACAACCAGCAGAAAGGUAUCUGGAGCUGUCACAACUACUGAUUCCUCGAAGCAGGAGAAUGAUUCGUUGUUGCUGGCAAUAAGGGAUGCCUCUAGAAACAGGACAGAAAAGUCAGCCGCAUAUGGAAAUGGCCAGGAAGACAAAAUCUUAAGUUCUCUCAAGGAGGAUGUCAAUGCCAAUGGAGAAUUGGUUUUUUUUCCCAUUGACCUCAAAAAAACGAUUAGGCCAAAUGCCACUGUGGUUGAAGUCACCCACGACUAUCUGGAUAAGUCCUGGUAUCUGCAGAACGUUGUCUGCAAACAGACUAACUUCCUAGCGGAGUUCGAGAUUUCCUUUGUGUUCAUGAUGAUUCUCAACAAUUUCAACAGCUACAGACAGUGGAUGAACUUGAUGUUGGUUGUUUUGGGCUGUGUUGAUGCUGUGACUGAAAAUCCUGGAUUUUUUUUGCGUGUCAUCAAAAUAUGGAAGUCCCAGCUGGAACUAUUACCAGAGGAGAUUGUCGAUGACGGCAUGAGCAACUCAGGGCUCGUGGAUCUCAAACUGUUAGCUGAGCCCAUGGGUCAUUUCAAGAGUGCUAUACAAAGCUCCGGUAUGCCUGAGUUCGACUAUGUGGUGAGACUCAUGCGAAGCAAGUUCUCUGUUGAGCUUGUCGAGAGCGAAGAUGAUGAUGACGAAAGUGACUACCAAAGUAAUGACCAAAACGAUAGUGAUGAUUAUCUAUAA